UUACCGGGAUGGCAAAGUACCGGUUACUUUUACGUGACGGUAGUGAGACACUGUUAGCAAAUAACUGAUUCUGGAUCAGUUUCUUAAUUUGGUCACAAUGGGUAAAGAUAAUGUUUUGUGCGCAUAAACUGACCCUAAAGCAAUGUUUCAAACAAGACAAACAGGCGUACUGAAAUAGUGAAGUAUAAAUGGUUGUUGUCUUUUAGUAAGCGGAACCUGUUUGGAAAAAAUGAGUAAAGAUUUACAAAUGAGAGCUGCGAUUAAUCAAAAGUUGAUAGAGAUGGGUGAACGGGAGCGUCUGAAAGAGUUGCUAAGGGCAAAACUCACUGAAUGUGGGUGGAAGGAUGAGUUGAAGGCACACUGCAAAGAUGUGAUCAGAGAGAAGGGCUUGGAGCACGUGACAGUGGAGGACCUGGUUGCUGAAAUCACACCAAAAGGAAGAGCUCUUGUACCAGACAGUGUGAAAAAGGAGCUCCUGCAGAGAAUAAGGGCUUUCCUAGCUCAGCAUUCAACCUUGUGAAUCUGACCACGGAGCUGUUCAUCUCUUCUUUUCUAAACGUAUCACAAUUCAUGUAUGUAUUUCUUUUGCAGCUAUUUUUCCCUGGCAGUUUUUUUUAAAUGUUUUAGAUAACUUUUUUUUAAAAACCAUUUGCUGUUCGGGAUAUGUUCAAAUAAAAUACAUUAAAAGAUA